AUGAGAUGGCUUCUCGAGCCACUGAAGAGUUUUCAGUCUGGGGAAUGGAGGGUUAAGUACUGGGAGAUGAGACUUAAAAAGGCCCAGGUUCCGCAGGAUUAUGCACCAUUCCUCCUGUCAAACGUGGACAUAUUUGACAAAGCGCGGUUAAUUUACAGAAUCAGUCUUCAGAAAGGCUUGCCGGACAAGCUAUUCGGUGACCAAGAAGAGGUGGAAAAACUGGCAAGGGUACUGGAUCGAAGGGAUAAAAAACUAACCGCUCGUCUUGUUCGUUUCUUUCAGUAUCACACACAGCCGCCGGAUCCUUCUGUGUUGGCGUGGUGUCAGAGUCUCCUUGAGACGGAGAGACGAACCCGGCGCAUUGUUCAAGCGCUGAUCUUCGUGGAGAAAAGGCUGGAAUGGGGGCGCCAUGCUCUCACUCAGACAUCAGACUUGGAAUGUCGCCAGAAGCUGGAGUCACAGUUGAAUGACACUGAAAAGCAUCACAAACGUCUUGAGGUCAUGUAUACACAGGGCCGGGCUGAUAUCAGCGACCACAGAUGGCAUAUGCCUAGUGGUCUCUUCCAUAGAGCAUUCGUCGCCUUCAGAUUUAAUCCCGACUCCGACUGGUACCUGUGUACAUCGCUGAAUCGCGAAUGUGCAGCCCGGGGAGGCUGCUGCUCUAGAACGUGUGGCUGCUGCUCACGCAAGAGGGAGACUGACAGGGUUCCUAACCUAUUCCAUUGCACUGAAUUUUGCCCAUGUUGUCUCGCUACAAAUGGGCUCUCACCUUCUGAUGACCACAUCCCGGAUAUUGACGUAAAGGUCGAAGAGGAUACAGUCAAAUUCAAUCUCAUCUACGGGCAGGACCUAUACAGCCGUCGAGUAUACCGCGCUCAUAUCUGGGGAGUGGAUGUCAUCAACGAUAUCGAGGAUUGA